AUGGCAAGAGGUCCCAGACGCAAUCCUUCUUUCUUCAAGGUCUUGAUUGGUGAUUUCACCAGCAAACUUCGAAUACCACCCGCUUUUAUGAAGAAAUUCCGGAGGAUGACGUUCAACAAUGCCGUCCUGAAAACUAUUACUGGGGAGUCCUGGAUGGUGAGCGUGAAACAGGAAGAUUCUUGCUACUUUUUCAAGAAAGGUUGGAAGAAAUUCGUGAAAGAUCAACACCUGGAGGCAGGGGAUUUUCUGGUUUUCUGGUUCCUUGGCGAUUCAACAUUCCAAGUUGUGGUAUAUGAUAAAAGUGGAUGUGAAAAGGACCCGAAUUUGGGUGCCAAGGGGAAGAGAAUUGGCUUACAUGGGGAAAAGAACAACCCAUGCAUGGGUAGAUAUGAUGCGAAUCAUGUGAUGCCAGCGACAAGUGUUGCAGUGAAGAUGGAAAGUAAAGAUCAGGGAGCAGACAAAGUAGCUGCCUCUGGCAGAACAAAGCAUCCGCAGUUUGUAAAGGUUCUGAAAAAAUACCACGACUACGUGAUGUUAGUUCCGAGGGCUUUUGCAGAAGAGACUGGAAUGAGAUGGAACAAAAGCACGUUGGUUAGAGACCCAGAAGGAAGGGUAUGGCCAGUGAAAGUGUGCCUGAGGAGCAAAGGAAAGAUCGAAAUGAGUAGUGGGUGGUCUGAUUUUGUAAAAGCAAACAAAUUGGGCAAAGGAGACACAUGCUCGUUUCAAUGCACUGACGCCACAUGUCAUGUAAUUCAAGUUGAGAUACUGCGGAGGGCAGCCAUUCCAUAGAGCUAGCUGAACUCAAAUCUAAAUGAUGAUCACUAGGCUAACCAAAGAAAAUGGCGUCUUGUCUUUUUUGUGUGUAUUUUGGUUGUUGCUCGUGAAUCAGAAGCUCAGAAGCUCGCUGCUUUUGGUUGUUAGCUGUGAAAUGCAAUGGGCUCUUAGGACCCCAAUGAUAUUGAAUCAGUAAGCUGGAGUUUUAAUC